UACACAGAGAGGGAAAAAAAGUUUACAUGCAAUUUUUUUAUAAAAGAAAAGGAAAAGCAGAUCGCAGGAAGAGGAGGCGAGGACGGGAGGCAAAGUCAAGUCCGGAGGAGGCUGCCCGGUGUGUGGCCGCCGAGCCGGUGGGUCGUGAGGUGAUCGGCGCUUUGUUUUACCGGAGCUCGGCCGGGGCUGAGUGCUGUUUGAUGGAUCCGAGGGUGGCUUGGAUACAGCCGGAGCAGAAGGGACCCGCCAAUGCCUUGUGGAUGCAGAUCUGGGAGACGUCUCAGGGAAUGCGCAGCAACUCCGCUCACCACCACCACCAGCACCACCACCCGCUGUACCUGAACUCGCCGGCGCUCGACACCGCACCAACCGGAGGCGGAGGGACCCCCGGCAGCCCGGCCACCGAGCACGGUCACAGGACGGGUCCCCCGCCCGCCGGCGGUGGCGGCCCCGACACCGGCAUAGGCCCGGGGCCAGGGCCGGGCAACGGCGAGGGUUGUAGGGCGCUGCAGAAAUCGUCCUCGGCCUCGUCGUCUUCCUCCUCGUCCCCUUCCCCCGAAUCAGGUAUCGGCAGCUCCUCGUCUUCGUGCUGUUCCACCUCCUCCUCGGGAAGGACUAAAGCCGGCACCGGCACCUACUUCAAUCAUCACAAUCUCACGGAAAUGAAUGGUGGUGGGAAUGGCAACAACUUGGUGAAGAACAACAACUACCACAAUAACAGUUUGAAGAGCUUGGUGGGAGGGAGAAGGAAGAGGGAGAAUAAGGCCAGCACUUACGGCAUAAAUUAUAUGCUGAGCUCCAGCAAUGGGAAUUACUACAGCGGGACCCCCUGGAAAACCAUGAAAUAUAACGUGGGGGUGACGGGACUUCAUGAAGAAGUCUUGGACUUCUACAAUUUCAUGUCACCACGGCCUGAAGAGGAAACCAUGCGCAAAGAAGUUGUAAAACGAAUAGAAUCUGUUAUCAAGGAGCUUUGGCCUACAGCUGAUGUUCAGAUUUUUGGAAGUUUCAGUACAGGUCUCUAUCUCCCAACCAGUGACAUAGACCUGGUAGUUUUUGGGAAAUGGAAGAACCCACCUCUACAGCUAUUAGAGCAAGCACUACGAAGACGGAAUAUUGCUGAACCAUAUUCCAUUAAAGUACUUGACAAAGCUACAGUGCCAAUUAUAAAACUGACUGACCAGGAGACAGAAGUCAAAGUUGAUAUCAGUUUCAAUGUAGAAACUGGUGUGAAGGCAGCUCAAUUUAUCAAAGACUUUAUUAAGGGUUACCCAGUGUUACCUUACUUAAUACUGGUCUUAAAACAAUUUCUUCUUCAGAGGGAUUUGAAUGAAGUCUUUACUGGAGGAAUUAGUUCUUACAGCCUCAUUUUGAUGGCUAUUAGUUUCCUACAGUUGCAUCCAAGGAUUGAUGCCAGAAGGCCUAGUGUAAAUCUUGGAGUUCUUCUGGUGGAAUUCUUCGAACUGUAUGGAAGACAUUUUAAUUACUUGAAAACUGGUAUUAGAAUAAGAAGUGGAGGUGCGUACGUUGCCAAAGAUGAAAUCAUGAAGAACAUGACCAAUGGGUAUAGACCAUCCAUGUUAUGUAUUGAAGAUCCUCUGGUUCCAGGAAAUGAUGUUGGGAGGAGUUCAUAUGGAGCCAUGCAAGUCAAGCAGGUCUUCGAUUACGCGUACAUUGUCCUAAGUCAUGCCGUGUCACCGCUGGCAAGAUCUUAUCCAAACAGAGAUUCUGAGAGCACUCUUGGAAGAAUUAUUAAAGUGACCCAAGAGGUAAUAGAUUACAGGGAGUGGAUCAGGAAGAAAUGGGGUGCGGUGAAGAUCCUAGGAUCAUCUGAUUCUGAUAAUGGUGUUAAGAUUGAACCAGUGGAUAAGACAACUGGUAAUGUCAAUAGAGAACACCAACAGGGCCGAGAUUCUGAAUCUCCCUACAGCCAAGCAUCACCUAUGUCUUUAUCCAGCCCACAGCAGCUCUCAUCUGCCUCCUCUUCAUCAGCUGCUUCACUGUCUGGAAGUGAUAUAGCUAGGAUUGGUGUCUCACCAGCCAGUAUUGGUGUUUCCACACACCCUGCACUUCCUUCCAGGCAGGUUUGUAUUGAAGGAGCACCAUUGAAUCCUGUCACUGCUGUAUUCCCUAUCCCCCCUACUGCAUCCCCUAGCCUUCUCUCAAGUCUAUAUAUACAUCACAAGCAGCACAAUGGGCCAAAGUAUUCGGUGAAGGGACUCCAUAAUCAAGGCUCCAGUCAUAAUUCAGUGGGUGGCAUGAAGCAGCCAGUCAUUCACAGAGGGCAUAACCAAUAUAAUCGCAACAUCUCAAAAAGGAGAAGACAGACGAGGGAUACCAUAACUGUUAGUUUAAGUCGAUAGGGAUGUGCCAUUGGACAUCAUCCUCGGUCUUCACAUUAAAACUGAUCUUAACAUCAGACUGGAAAUAAAGACCAGCAUUUACUUGCAGUUAGUGGGUAUUGGUUAAUAUCUGCAACUGGCUGUUUGCAUGUGUCCGAUUAUGAUGGUUGAACUCCAUCUUACAGAACAUAUCAUCUUGUGCUAAGUAUUUGUGAAGCCUUAUUGGAUAUGGAGGUUUUGCUUUCCAUAGUUCUCAAGUCGCUGCUGGAACGGCUCCGGUGAUAGACCUGCAAGAGCUUGAAGCUUUCACCACAAAACUCUGCAGUUGAUGAGCACUUCCUGCAAUUCUUCACGGCAGAGGCAAAUGUAAGGAAUACUUUAACCCGAGGGUCAUUCUAGUAGCUGAUCUAGAUGGACAUUUUCAGGGCAAUUAGUUUUGCCGCUUCUUAGUCAUGGUUUCAUACAUAUAUCAGAACUUUUUACUCUGUACAUAUUGAACAAAUUGUAUCAUUCGUGCAAUAACUGUUUUCAGAAGUUUUUAUUUAAUUUUCAUAUGAUGUUAUUAUCACAUGUUUAAGUUAUAUUUAAGUGGAGGAGGGAAACAUUUUUGAAGUUUACAAAUCCUUUCCCAGGUUGCAUUAUCUAAGUUUGUAGAGGAUUCUUAGUUUGGCAGGUUUGAUAUUUAAGCUGAGUGUGCUAACACUGUAAGGGAUUUUGUUGAGUAGUUCUGGCUCCUUGAUUCAUUAUAUAAUGCUCAGUACUAACCAGAAGUUUUAAGGGAAGUUAGCGCAACUGGAAUCAUUUUUUCUUCUGCUUUUGGUCAUUAUUUGUGUUUUAGGCUGCGUUUUCUCAGGGUCUGUUUAUAGCCACCUUGAAUCUAUAACUUCUGAUUUGAAUAAGAGCCAGAAACGCAAGUCUUAACAACACUGAAGAAGCAUACUCAAAUUUUGUCUGAACUCUGAGAACUUUGUUCAGUGUUUAAGUUCAUGCUAGUCAUAAAAACAUAACCUGUUAAUGUUGGGGUCCAAAUGGCAUUUAUGAACGAUGUUCCCAGCUAACAGAAUGUGGUGGAAGGAAUUAUGUUGAUUCUAUUAAAGAAUCUGUAUACCAGUAUGCAUAUGUUCUAUUAGGAGCAAAAAAGAAAAAGUACUUCUUCUACUGUAUGCAUUUGUAGGAAGUGUUUUGAUGCAGUAUUGCAAUGGACAACAAAGAUUUUAACUCAUCUGUAAUGCUGGCACUUAAUGAAUAUUACUCAUGCAUACAGUUAGACUAUGCAAGAUUUUUUUCAUGACAACCACUGUUUUGUUACCUUUUUGGAAGAGAGAAAAACUACAGCCUGCCUAGCCCUAUGUUUUAAAGAAUGUACCACAGUUGCCCUGAGGGAUUUGACAUGCCUUCUGUAUUGCCUGAAUUAGGUUGAAAUUUAAACACAACAAAAUCUCAUGAAGAGGUGCCGACCCAACUAAACACUAAUAGGUGGAUGAAGUCCAUUUGUGGAGGUGGUUUUGUUUGGAGAUGAUGUUGCCAUGACAUUCAGGAAUUUGUAGGUAAACACUUGGAAAUUUUUCAAGUUUGGUCUUUUCUCAGCAACAGUAUACAAGGACAUUUCAUAAUGUUACUUCUAUAUCAUUGUGUGAUAUUGAGAGCUCACUGCCAUGAUUUUCUGUUGCAUGCUGUUGACUUGUUUAGCUGGUGUGCUUUAUAUUCUAGAACAUUCCAGUAAAGUCCACACUUUGUCUUCGUACACUGUAAUUUCAUGAAAAUAAUCUGUAAAAUUUGUUUUACAGAAGGGUCAAAUUUGUAGGAAUUUUGUUGAUGUAACAUUCAAAUUUGCUAAUUGAAAGUCAGAAAAAAAACUGCAGUUGCUGGGGAUCUGAAAUAAAAACAAAUUGCUGGAAACACUCAGUUCAACCAGCAUCAGUGGAGAGCAGAAGCCGUUCUGCUCUAGGGCCUUCUACCUGAAACUUUAAUGCUUUUUCUCUUUCCCGAGAUGCUGCCUGACCUGCCGAGUGUUUCCAGCGUUUUGUUUUUAUUUAAAUUUGCCAAACUGCCCUCAUGAAAGUGGACAUUAUAAUACAGUGGAAACUUUCAAAUACAGGUUUUCAUGUCUCCGGUGUAAUUAGCACAAUAAUGAACCUAAGGAGUUAUGAAUUUAUAACAGAUAUUGCAGAAUAGUGCAGUGCCAGAAAAUUAUUUUUUGUUCAAUCAUCAGUUCUGUAUCAAUAAUUUCUGUUCAUUAUUGCUCUGUAGAAUGAUAGGUAUGAUGCAAGGCCAAAAUAGAAGUUGCAUAGCUAGACAUUCCAAUGCGCAAACACAUUUUGGGGCAAUAUUUUGGGUGUAAUGUACUCUAGAUGCUGCAUAUCAUUCCACACACUGACAGGAGUUUCCCAUGCCACUGUUUAGAUACUGCGUUUCAUUAAUGCUGGUCAUUUAGGUCUCAGCAUUUGGGUUUCUCUCUACCUGUGGUUAGCCUAGCUGGGCCAUCUGUGCUGUAUAACUAGAAAAGCUUUCGGUUCUCCUGAUUGCUUUCAGAAUUAGGAUUCCUGUCCAUAACCCCCCCCCCCAACCCAACAUUUAUCAGUGUGAUUGUGAGUUAAAAUUGGACACGGUGAGUAGAUAUUGUGAAGUUUUCUAAUCUGAAAUAAAAAUUAAUGCAAUUAGGGUGAUGCAUCUUGCACAAAACAUAACAAGCAUUGUUUGGAUAUCCGAAUCAUAUUAUGCUUUGAUUUUCCACAAAGUGCCCACGAAGAGCUUAAAGCUGUAAUCUGAGUUCUGAUAUUUCCAAGUAUAUCUGUUGCAUAGUCCCAGGGAAUGUUUGAUUUGUAUAUUGAAAGAAUGUCCAUUUCACUAAACUUCAGUCAUAGUAAACAGUGAAAUUGCUUUUUAAACAAAAAACAAAAUUGACCCAGUGUGUUGAAACUCUUAAACUUAGCUGAAUUUGUGUUCCCUGUUGACAAUGAUGCUACCUUUGCUGACUUUAUAGCAUCUUGUAUAACACUAAAUCCUAAAUUGUCAUUUUACUUUCAGACUUUGUUUACUUUAAUGUUUUAUUAAUGGUUUAUCAUUGCAGUCAGAAAAUGUAAGGUUUUCUACAAUUGUUUUGUAAUUCCACUGGACCUAAACUGAGAGGGCUAAAUUCGUCAGAAUUAGCUUCUGUAGUAAUUAAACUCUGCCGGUUACAAAAAUGGUGAGAACAAAUUAUUUUUAUGAAAUUACUGUAUAAGGUAUCAGUUUAAUCAUACUGGUGAUCCCACCAAACAGUACAGCUCAAACCAAAGCUCAAAUGAUAAAGGGUGAAAUUGUGCUGAAAUGAUUUUCUAUUGAUCAUAACAUCUAGCUAUAUAAGCUUCAGCAAUGGCAGAAACACAUUACUUUGUAGAUAUUUGGUUUAUGCAAUUAAUAUCUGAAAGUGCUGUGUAUUUUGUGGUGCUAGAUAACCAUCUGUAUCAUGUUCAAAUUCUGUCAUGGUGAACAAUGAAUUGGCCUGAUUACCACUGUGGGGCUGUACGUUCUUGCGUACAAAAAAGAAUCGUGUUUAGGACUCUACUGGGGCAACUUGUUACGGCAAGUGAAAAUUCAACAUAUUUUUUAUGUAUAGUUUUCUAUUCUUUGAUUAUUUUUAAUAAACUUACUGAAACAAUUG